UGACGACCCGGAGGUCAAGAAGAAAACAGUUCUGACUACGCGCUCCAAACAGGUCGAAGGUUUUCCAAACAUGUCUGACCGGCUAGUCGUGUUCUCUAGCUGGUUCAGGGCAAGACGAGCGAUCGCGAUCUGUAUCAGAUACGGGAGACGUCUGCUGGAGCGAGUGAGACAAAAACGUCAAAGCAGUGACGCUGAACUUGUUCCAUCGUUGACAGAAUCACCAGUUGGAGCAGAAGAGAUGAAGAGAGCUGAGCUCGUCAUACUGAAGAGUGUGCAGCAGCAGGUGUUUGGGGACGAAGUUGCGACUCUGACGAUACCUCAGCCCUCAACUGAAGUUCGAGUGAAGAAACGGAGUCAUCUGUACCGACUGGAUCCCUUCGUUGCAGAUGACGGACUCCUGCGCGUCGGAGGAAGGCUGAAGAGGAGUGGACAGCCCUUCGACGUGGUACAUCCAGUGAUCUUGCCAAAGGUUCAUCACGUGACUCGUCUUGUCGUUGCAGCCUACCACGAGAGGACGUGUCACUCAGGAAGGGAGCUGACGCUGAGCGAAAUCCGGAUGUCUGGAUACUGGAUUGUGAAAGGAAGAUCGGCUGUGGGCCGUCACAUCAAGAACUGCAUCAAGUGCAGGAGGCUGAGAGGAACGCCUUGCAGUCAGAAAAUGGCAGAUCUUCCCAGCGAGCGUGUAGACGAAGCGGAGCCAUUCACCCACUCAGGUGUUGACUGCUUCGGACCGUUCUUCGUCAGAGAACGGCGCAGUGAAGUCAAACGAUGGGGGAUCCUAUUCACAUGUCUAAGUUCACGGGCUAUUCAUCUAGAGACCCUCAACUCAAUGACGGCGGAUGCUUUUAUCAAUGCCUACCGCCGAUUCACCUGCCGAAGAGGAAAGGUUCGAGCUCUGUAUCACGACCGAGGUACGAACUUCAUCGGAGGAAGAGGACAUCUAGAAGCUGCUUUGUCUGAGAUGGACCACGACAACAUCCGGCGCACUCUGUUAAAGGACAACUGUGAUUGGGUACAGUUCAACCCCAUCACACCCAAGGCCAGCCACAUGGGAGGUGCGUGGGAGCGGCAGAUACGCACCGUCCGCUCUGCGCUGAACAGUCUCCUUCAAGAUCUCGGUCAGCAGCUGGAUGACGAGCUGCUCAGAACUCUACUGACGGAAGCGGAAGCAGUAGCCAAUAGUCGCCCUCUCUCUUGUGUCAGUAUGAAUGACACUAGUGUAGUUGAGCCGAUCACUCCCGACCAGCUGCUCACCUUAAAGUCAAAGGUAGUGCUCCCUCUCCCUGGGAAGUUCUGCCGGCCUGACAUCUACGGGAGACAGCGCUGGCGCCGGGUCCAGUACCUCGCCAAUCAGUUUUGGCAGCGCUGGCGGAGAGAGUUCCUUCCGUCUCUCCAGGAGCGACGAAAGUGGAAUCAUCCAGAGCCGAACGUCAGUCAGGACGACAUCGUCAUUGUCGUCGACGAGGACACUCCACGCAACAGGUGGCCGCUCGCACGAGUGGUCGACGCGCACACAGGUGCCGACGGUCUAGUGAGGAGUGUGCGUGUGCGCAUUGGCAACAGUGAAUAUGACAGACCCGUCCACAAACUGAUUCUCCUCGUGAAGAGCGGGGAUGGAGAUUCCGCGACGGGGAGCCGUUGUGCUGAGUAGCGUGAUUUGGUCGGAGCGCGACCGAUAAGACCGAGACGCUUGUGAGCGCUGAUACCCGGUCUGAACUUUGGUGCAUUGUGCUCCGCUGUGCGGAUGGCAGUACGACGGCGCCCGUGUUUCAUAUUGCUAUGUCAGAAGUGAUAUUUCGUUACUUUCUCGCUCGACAGUGUACGGCGUUACGUGGGCUCGCCUGUGGCUACUGACGAACAUUCGGUUGUUCGCGCGUCCCGUCGCAAUGUGACGUUGCCGCGCGACGGCGGCCCAUAACCGCCUCAGUGCGUAAGGAAAAUUAGGAGAGCUGUGCCUAAUUUUGGGGAGCCAUGUUCCCGCCGUUACGGGUUGUUUAGGUUUUGUUAUGCAAGAGCCUGAGUGAGGGCUGCUUUGUCUAAACGACUGCAUUUGCUAUUUUCAGGUGACCGCCCCAGACGAUUUGUAAUGAUAUGUGACGCAUGUUGAACGGCAUCAGAGCUGUCCUGAUCGGGGCGCAGUGAAGUACGGUUUGCUGAACAGUGAUUGCCACUUGGACCGAUACUGAAGCCGAAAUAUUAUUGCCGGCUAUACUGACGGUGCAGUUGGCUGUAUCACCAUACUGAGUCACUGACAUUUGUACUAAAGUCGCCUAUCGUCCCGGACGAAUUUUCUACGGUCAUCACGGUCCACACUGAUCGCUGCAAGGUGUCACUACUGAAUGAUCCCAAUACAUACUGACCGACUAA